AUGGUGGAGAUUAUCGUGACCCACCGCGAAGUGAAUGGCGUCCGGACGGGUUACCUCGUCCGCUGGCGUGGCUAUCCACCGGUCUGGGACAGCUGGGUGCCUGGCGCCCAGCUGAUUGCUAAUUUUCUGGGUCUUGUCGAUCGAUAUGACGAGGCCAAUCCGCUGCCUUUAAGGUAG